AUGGCUUUUGAAGUACCGCGCCGUUGGUUCAUUCCGCAAUUCCCAACGCCCAUGGCUGAUAUCCCUACUGAAGGUCCUUCUCCAUGCAGCGUGCCCCAAGCCACUCUACUUCGCCGCCAUUCCCUUGAGUUCACCGAUGUUGUCGUGCUACAGAAUGUUGAGCCCCACUACGACCGACUUGACCUGAGUAUUCAAACAACAAGCGACUUUGAGCUUGAGGGUCUGCUCGGAGAGGUAGACACUUGGAUGGAUGAGAACACAGUAGAUAUAAUUGCCGGUGUUCCAACACAAGCAAAAAAAGAGUCGCAGCAACUUGAGUACGACGACUUGCAACCUAAGUCAACACGAGGGAUACGAGUUACGCCAAAGCGCCAAAUUCGAGAAUUGCAGCAGUCAAUCAACCAGCUCACUCUGCAAUUGCAAGAGCUCAAAGCUUCUCAGCUAUCGACGGAAGGAAACGAUGGCAGCCGAAGCCAGUUGACCCGACCGUCAACUGUGCGUCUUUGGCAGCAGAGUACAGUCGCCGAGUGUGCAAAACGACAAAAAGCAGAACAAGAAAAUGCGCAACUACGAGCGAUUCUGCUGGUUCAACUGGAAGAAGCUAGAUCUCUGAAGCGGUCACUGAAGCGGAGGACCAAAACCAAGAUGCUGGAGAACAUGCUAGGGAUAAAGCGCUCGAAAAAGAUAUCCUCUGCCGUCACAACUGAGCCAAACGACAAUGCUAAAGUUUUCCAAAGGAUGAUUCGGGACUCAGACGAAUUCUAUGUUGGUGUAGACAGCCUCUUCACCGAAAAAGGCUUCUCUGAGUUGCGAUACCCAGGGCAGAAGACAAAUAUCAACCGCAAAUUGGUGGGCGAUGGGAUUUACCUCGAAAUGAUGAUCCAGCAUGUCUUGCCGUUUGGCUUUCGCGACACUGAGAAGGCCGUGUGGGUUUGCCUUAGUGACAUGGGGUUGAGCACUCUUGUAGAUGGAACAGACACAAGGAAUCGCGUCCAUUUCCACGCUCAGCACACAGAGAGCUCCCAGAAUGCAGUGGCAUGCAGUUUCUUCGCAGCUACACCGGACCAAAAAGGAGUCAGUGGUGUGCAGACCAGACAGGUUGUGCGCAAGUAUAUCGAGGAAAAUCGCGCGGUAUUUAUCCACCAAAGCUUGGGCGAACCAAAGCUCGAGGGUAGCAACUCUUCUGUUGGUAUUCAAAUGCUCAACGUUUGGAGAAUUACAGUGGAGCAUCAAGCAAAACAGAAUAAUCGCGAUGCAGCUUCUGUGCUUCGUCUACACUUCACUGCGUCUUCUCGUGAUAUGUGGUCCACCGGUGCGAAUUUUUGGACGCCUGCUAGACUCAACAUGACCAUUGCAUAUUUUGAAAGCACAAACUCUCGCCUACCAGACGCUGUCGAGGACAUCCUGGUUGACAAAUCAGUGGGUAAUACAUCAACAUAG